CCCGGGAGACCUCCCGGCAUUUCCCGCCAGCAGGGGGCGCUGCAGGAGGAGGCCUCUCGGCGGUGCCGCUCUGCGCUCCGGCGGGCGGUGAGGGGAGGAACGGCGUCGCCCUCCCUCAGAGCCCUUCAGCCGCCGCCAUGGUGAAGGAGCAGUUCAGGGAGACCGAUGUGGCCAAAAAAAUAAGCCACAUCUGCUUUGGCAUGAAGUCUCCGGAGGAGAUGAGGCAGCAAGCUCACAUCCAAGUGGUCAGCAAAAACUUGUACAGUCAGGACAACAAUCACUCCCCCCUGCAGUAUGGAGUGCUUGAUCAUCGCAUGGGAACCAGUGAGAAAGAUCGUCCCUGUGAAACCUGUGGAAAAAACCUGGCUGAUUGUUUGGGACAUUAUGGGUACAUUGACUUAGAACUUCCAUGUUUUCAUGUGGGAUACUUCAAGGCUGUGAUAGGCAUCUUGCAGAUGAUCUGCAAAACCUGCUGCCGGAUCAUGCUCUCAGUGGAAGAAAAAAAGCAAUUUUUGGAUUACCUGAAGAGACCUGGCCUUACCUAUCUUCAGAAGAGAGGCCUGAAAAAGAAGGUGUCAGAAAAGUGCAGAAAGAAAAACACUUGUCCUUACUGUGGUGCCUUUAAUGGAACUGUGAAGAAGUGUGGCUUGCUGAAAAUAAUACAUGAAAAAUACAAGACCAAUAAGAAAGUGGUAGAUCCAGUAGUAUCAACUUUUCUCCAGUCCUUUGAAACUGCCAUAGAACACAACAAGGAAGUAGAACCUUUACUGGGAAGAGCUCAGGAAAACUUGAAUCCUUUAGUAGUAUUGAACCUCUUUAAGAGAAUCCCAGCAGAAGACAUCCCUCUUCUUCUCAUGAACCCAGAAGCAGGCAAACCUUCAGAUUUGAUCCUCACACGACUCUUGGUGCCUCCACUCUGUAUCAGGCCCUCUGUUGUGAGUGACUUGAAGUCUGGCACCAAUGAAGAUGACUUGACAAUGAAGCUGACAGAAAUCAUUUUCCUCAAUGAUGUCAUAAAAAAGCAUAGGAUAUCAGGAGCCAAAACCCAGAUGAUUAUGGAAGACUGGGACUUUCUUCAGCUGCAGUGUGCCCUGUACAUUAACAGUGAGCUUUCAGGAAUUCCUCUCAACAUGGCACCUAAAAAAUGGACCAGAGGUUUUGUUCAGAGACUUAAAGGAAAGCAAGGUCGGUUUAGAGGCAAUCUGUCUGGAAAAAGGGUGGAUUUCUCUGGCAGAACAGUCAUUUCACCUGACCCUAACUUAAGAAUAGAUGAAGUAGCAGUGCCCAUUCAUGUUGCUAAAAUACUAACUUUUCCUGAGAAGGUGAACAAAGCAAAUAUUAAUUUUAUGAGGAAACUUGUCCGUAAUGGUCCUGAUCUUCAUCCUGGAGCCAACUUCAUACAGCAAAGGCACACACAGAUGAAAAGAUUUUUGAAAUAUGGAAACCGAGAAAAGAUGGCCCAGGAGCUGAAGUUUGGAGAUAUCGUGGAGAGACAUCUCAUAGAUGGGGACAUAGUCCUGUUCAACAGGCAGCCUUCUCUUCACAAGCUGAGCAUUAUGGCUCACAUUGCUCGAGUAAAACCUCACAGGACAUUCAGGUUUAAUGAAUGUGUCUGUACACCAUACAAUGCAGACUUUGAUGGAGAUGAGAUGAACCUUCACCUCCCUCAGACAGAAGAAGCAAAAGCAGAAGCCCUUGUUUUAAUGGGGACUAAAGCAAACUUGGUAACACCAAGAAAUGGAGAACCUCUCAUUGCUGCUAUUCAGGAUUUCCUCACAGGUGCCUAUCUUCUUACAUUAAAAGACACCUUUUUUGACCGAGCCAAAGCCUGUCAAAUUAUUGCUUCUAUCCUGGUUGGCAAGGAUGAGAAGAUUAAAGUUCGUCUUCCACCUCCAGCCAUUCUGAAGCCUGUAACACUCUGGACAGGAAAACAGGUCUUCAGCCUCAUUCUCAAGCCCAGUGAUGAUUGUCCUGUCAAAGCCAACCUGAGGACCAAGGGCAAGCAGUAUUGUGGCAAAGGAGAAGACCUGUGUCACAAUGAUUCUUAUGUCACAAUUCAAAACAGUGAGUUAAUGAGUGGCAGUAUGGACAAAGGAACCUUAGGUUCAGGGUCCAAGAACAACAUCUUCUACAUCUUGCUGAGAGACUGGGGACAGGUAGAAGCUGCAGAUGCCAUGUCACGACUGGCCAGACUUGCUCCAGUCUAUCUUUCAAACCGUGGCUUUUCAAUUGGAAUUGGUGAUGUAACCCCUGGGCAGGGUCUGCUAAAAGCUAAAUAUGAGCUCCUGAAUGCUGGCUAUAAGAAAUGUGAUGAGUAUAUUGAAGCUUUGAACACUGGCAAGCUACAGCAGCAGCCUGGUUGUACUGCAGAAGAGACUCUAGAGGCUUUAAUCCUUAAAGAACUCUCUGUUAUCAGAGAUCAUGCUGGCAGUGCCUGUCUCAGAGAACUGGACAAGAGCAACAGUCCCCUUAUCAUGGCUCUCUGUGGUUCUAAAGGCUCCUUCAUUAAUAUAUCCCAGAUGAUUGCUUGUGUAGGUCAGCAGGCUAUCAGUGGGUCACGAGUUCCUGAUGGGUUUGAGAACAGAUCUUUGCCUCACUUUGAGAAGCAUUCUAAGCUCCCAGCAGCAAAAGGCUUUGUUGCCAAUAGCUUCUACUCUGGGUUGACUCCCACUGAAUUUUUUUUCCACACAAUGGCUGGUCGGGAAGGUCUGGUUGACACAGCUGUCAAAACAGCUGAAACUGGAUACAUGCAGAGGAGGUUGGUAAAAUCACUGGAAGAUCUUUGCUCACAGUAUGAUUUGACAGUCAGAAGUUCUACUGGUGACAUUAUACAGUUUAUUUAUGGAGGAGAUGGCUUGGAUCCUGCAGCUAUGGAAGGGAAGGAUGAGCCCCUGGAGUUCAAGAGAGUUCUGGACAAUAUCAGAGCUGUGUAUCCAUGCAGAAGUGAGCCAGCCCUUAGUAAAAAUGAAUUGGUGUUAACAUCUGAGUCCAUUAUGAAGAAGAAUGAGUUCCUUUGCUGCAGAGACAGCUUCCUACAGACAUUAACUGAGACAGGUUAUGAAAAAUAUAAUGAGGAAAUCAAAAAAUUCAUCAAAGGUGUUUCUGAGAAGAUUAAAAAAACCCGGGACAAGUAUGGCAUUAAUGACAAUGGCACAACUGAGCCACGAGUUUUGUAUCAAUUGGAUAGGAUUACUCCAACACAACUGGAAAAGUUUCUGGAGACUUGUAGGGACAAAUACAUGAGGGCACAGAUGGAGCCAGGUUCUGCAGUAGGAGCUCUUUGUGCGCAGAGUAUUGGUGAGCCUGGCACACAGAUGACUCUGAAGACUUUCCAUUUUGCUGGUGUUGCUUCAAUGAACAUUACUUUGGGUGUGCCAAGAAUCAAAGAAAUCAUAAAUGCUUCCAAGGCUAUUAGCACCCCAAUUAUAACAGCACAGCUGGACAAAGAUGAUGACCCUGAUUUUGCCCGUCUGGUUAAAGGAAGAAUUGAGAAAACUUUGUUAGGAGAGAUUUCAGAAUAUAUUGAGGAAGUGUUUCUUCCAGAUGACUGUUUCAUCCUAGUGAAGCUGUCUUUAGAGCGCAUCAGACUGCUGAGGUUAGAGGUGAAUGCAGAGACUGUACGUUACUCCAUUUGCAUCUCUAAACUCAGGGUCAAGCCUGGGGAUGUUGCUGUCCAUGGAGAAGCAGUUGUAUGUGUGACCCCCCGUGAAAACAGCAAGAGUUCAAUGUAUUAUGUACUGCAGUCCCUGAAGGAAGAGCUACCAAAGGUUGUGGUGCAAGGUAUACCAGAGGUUUCCCGUGCUGUCAUUCAUGUUGAUGAACAAAGUGGAAGGGAAAAAUAUAAACUUUUAGUUGAAGGUGAUAAUCUACGAGCUGUUAUGGCUACUCAUGGAGUGAAAGGAACAAAAACAACCUCCAACAACACUUACGAGGUAGAGAAGACACUGGGGAUUGAAGCUGCUCGCACAACCAUAAUCAAUGAGAUCCAGUACACAAUGGUGAACCAUGGGAUGAGCAUUGACAGGAGACAUGUCAUGUUGCUGUCUGAUCUCAUGACCUACAAGGGUGAAGUGCUGGGCAUUACUAGGUUUGGACUGGCAAAAAUGAAGGAGAGUGUGUUGAUGCUGGCUUCUUUUGAAAAGACUGCAGACCAUCUCUUCGAUGCUGCCUACUUUGGGCAGAAGGAUUCUGUUUGUGGUGUUUCUGAGUGCAUCAUCAUGGGAAUUCCGAUGAAUAUUGGAACAGGACUUUUUAAACUCUUGCACAAAGCAGACAAAGAAUCAGCCCCUCCCAAGAGGCCUCUGAUAUUUGAUAAUAAUGAAUUUCAUAUUCCCAUUGUUACAUAGCUCCUGCACCUAAAACAAGAGACCAAAAACAACAGCAAGAAGACAUUGAAUUAGGAAAUGUGCAUUCUCAGCUCUCUGUGUUCAGUAACUGAGAUGAUAAGAGAAAUACUCUCAGAAGAAUUACCCAGUUGCUUGCCACCUGUUGUUAGUACAGACCUUGAAAGGAGAGGCUUGAAAGGAGGGUGGAAAGAAAUUUCAAGGGGAUUUCAGCUGAUAAUAUUUUUAUGUGCUAGAAUUAGAUCUUUGUGCUAAUGUUAAUGGGUGGGAGUUGUUGCUAACUCAGUAUUGACACGUGUAUUCAGAUUUGAUUUAAAAAAAAAAAAAAACAUAAUUGCAAGAAAGUUCUGUGAGCUUGCACAAAGUGCAUUUGGAAAUUGCCUUUCACCAGGACCUGAUGAGGUCAAUUUAUGGCUGCUAAGAACAGAGACUUCAGAAAGCAAGAAGUGAGUUUCUGGUUAAUUCAUAAUGAGUUGAACUUCAGGAGUACUAUUUAAAGUGUUGGAAAUAUUUCCUCUGUUUCUUAGGGGGAUUUAAGUGGUUUUCUUUUAUCCCAAGGUAUUAUCCAGUAAGUGGUUUUGCUCACCAGGGUUCUGCUUUGGGACUUACCUGCAAAAAAACUGCAGGUAGCAAAGCUGCUGGUGAAUUCUCAGAAGGCUGUUAUAAGAACAUUACAAAUGAUAAACAGCUUUUCAUAUUUUAGCAGCUGUUACACUGCUGGAAUCUGUAAUCUACAGCAAUCUUAGGGAAGUUUCAUAAUUGAGCAGGAUCAUCUCAACAGCCUGGUUUUUACUACAUUAAGUAGAAAUAGAAGGGGAAGCUAUUUUCAAGCAUUGCCAUAAAAUAACUUGCAAGUAUUUUCAUCUUAGUUCUCAGAAUCAAUAUGGCUUUUAAAUUAUUUCAGUGUAGUGUGUUUAAAUUUACUCAUGUGCUAUGGAGGGAAAGGAUUUUAGUGUUUUCUUGUCAGCAGUGUUUGGAUAUUUGGUGUGGAGAGAAACAAAGCAGUGAAAAAGGAAAGCUGAAGUUCACUCGUGAAGUGAAAGCAGGAUGCUGAACAGUCUAGUAUUUGAAAAUUAAUGUGUUUGUGCUACAUUUUGUCUUCAUGUACCAACCAAAAGAGUGUAAGACAACAUUCAGACGAUGUAUAUCUGUUGGUUUCAGUCUUAAGGUGCCAUAAUUUAUUCAUAAAUUGUCCUCCCUACAGAGAAGACCCCAUGAGAAAUUCACCAUGGCUGUUCUCAGAUUAUUUUGUGUUUCCAGUGUGAUUCUGCCUACAUUUUGGCAGGGUAAAGAUUGAGAAUGUAAUGUAUUUAAUAGCUGCUCUAAAAGCCAUAUAUAUUUUGGUGUGUUCAUUUAAUAAUAGAAAUUUCAGUAUAAAUUAGAGGGGGUUUUGUGAUCUCAAUGAGAUGGCCAAUUACUCAUUUGUCUUUAGAGAAGUCCAGCUCUUAUUUCUUUUGAAGUUCUAACUAUAAGACAAGGGUCAAAGGGAGAGAAAACUCAUAAACCUUUCCUGUGGAUAUGUAUUUAAUUGUAUCAUGUCAAGUUCUACUGAAAGUGCUUGGUAUUUUUGUGAAUAAAGAUUCUUCUGAAGAUGUAAA